AGCCUAUAUAUCGCCAGCAGUUACUCCAGGCUAGAGAACCGGGGAUCCGACCGGUAGAGAUUUAAACGAACGAGAUCUCCACGGCGGAUUUACCUCAGAUCGACAAGAUUGUAACGGUUUAUAAUUCUGUUGUUGUUUUUGAAAGGAGGAGAAGGAUAUCGCUCAUGUCUAUGUAGGACAUUCACUCUGCCUCUUAAAAAAAGAAAGAGCACGUGAAGGAUGGGCCACUGUAUCGCGCUGUGCUUCUAACUGGACUUCCUUCUUCCCAGUCUGACAGCUCUGCCUUGCCUUCCUCCAGUGCGGAGGCCUCCAUAGGACUAACAGGCACCGGCUGGCUGCACGCCCCCCUCCGCCUCCCUAUUCCGUCACCGUAACGACGGCGGUACCGUUCGGCGCAGCAUCACUCGUUGAGCAGCGGGAUGACGGAGUGAGCCAAGCCUCUUCACGUCCCAGACGCAGGAUUCCGCAUGACGGCAGAGACGGAGGAUUUAAUACAUUCUACUAUUUGAUUUGUAGAGGAACUGCGUCUUGACAGCCUACUCCAGGUGUACGCUCACCAAUUAAUAUCCUCGCGAAAGGGAGAGAAGGGCCUUAAUAAAACCUCAGCAAUGGGAGCCGUGCGCUCCCGGACUGCCAUCUAAACGUGCCCGUGUCACCGACCGAAAGUGUCGUAAUCAUGGACCACGAAAACGGCGACGCGGAGGCGGCGGACAUCCCUCUGCAUGGCGUUCACGCGCCGAACCGGAUCCGGCCAUCAUCAUACCGGGCCCUGCGAAGUGCUGUGUCCAGCCUCGCGCGCAUCGACGACUUCUUCUGCGAGAAGAUAGGCUCAGGCUUCUUCUCAGAGGUGUUCAAGGUGCAGCACAGGAUGACAGGGCAGGUGAUGGCCCUGAAGAUGAACACGCUGGCCAGCAAUAAGGCCAACAUGCUGAGGGAGGUGCAGCUCAUGAACCGACUCUGCCACCCCAACAUCCUCAGGUUUCUGGGAGUGUGUGUACACGAAGGCCAGCUGCAUGCUCUAACAGAGUACAUUAACGGGGGUAACCUGGAGCAGCUCCUUGACAGUGACAUGUACCUGUCGUGGGGUGUGAGGAUGGCGCUGUCUCUGAACAUUGCCAGGGGUCUGCAGUACCUCCACAGCAAGGGCAUCUUCCACAGGGACCUCACCUCCAAGAACUGCUUGGUGCGCUGUGACAACGGGGUGUUCACAGCCGUGGUGGGGGACUUUGGUCUGGCCGAGAAGAUCCCAGACUACAGCGACGGUGUGGAGAAGCAGCCGCUGGCAGUGGUGGGCUCUCCGUACUGGAUGGCUCCCGAGGUGUUGAGAGGAGAGAUCUACAACCAGAAGGUGGACGUGUUUGCGUAUGGAAUCAUCCUGUGUGAGAUCAUCGCUCGGAUAGAAGCCGACCCGGACAUCCUGCCUCGCACAGAGGACUUCGGUCUGGACGUGGACGCCUUCGAGAACAUGAUCGGUGACUGUCCUCUGCCCUUCCUCAGCCUGGCCGUCACCUGCUGCAAUAUGAGUGCGGAGAGGCGUCCCUCGUUCUCGGACAUCGUUGUCACUCUGGAGGGGAUGGACAGAGGGGAGGAGGAGGAGAGAGACAAACCCACGGCAUCGGAACCAGUCGCCGUCGCCGUCAGCCCCUACCGCCGCCGGAGCUCCCCCUUUCGCACGGGCGACCAGCGGUUAUCGCGGAGCCAGUCGGACAUGUUGCCCCCGGCAACGCCUCCGCUGGGGACGCCGGCUCGCGUGAACCCCUUCUCCUUGCGGCAAGAUCUCAACGGGGGGCGCAUCAAGCUGUAUGACACCCCCAGCAAGUCCGUCAUCUCGCUGACUUUCACCUUGCCCCCUCCCGUCCCGGACCCCUGCUCCUCCCCCACCCUCCGAGGCUCCCGGGGACUGAGGGGACCCCCCCGUAGGUGCCAGUCCCUGCCCUGCACCCCCGAGCUGGGCCGCACCCUCACCCUGCUGCGAGACCCCCAGCUGCAGAAGGACGUGGCAGUGGAGGAAGGAGGCAAGGAGGACGCGGAGGAGGAGAGGAGGGGAGGAACGAAUGUUGCAGACGACUCUGGGCUGCCUCUGGAACUGGAGAUGGUGUCUCUGGAAUGCCUCGAAGAGGAGGAGGAGGAGGGCGUGUGUCUAGCAGAGCCUAUGGACUGUAGUAGGUCCCCUGACAUACAGGAGGGCGCUCCUCCUGGUCCAAGCGGGCCUCUCCUUGCGCCGUCCUACUCUCCUUUCUUACAACCCAACGGCUGGGGCCGUGCCGUUUCCAACGGACCUACUUGCCUACCCCCUUUGCCACGGACAACAACAACCCUGUUGGACAACAACAACGGCUCGCCAGUGGUGAUUGGACGGCCAGGUGGCUGGGGGAGAGGGGCUAACGGCUACUGUUCCCCCCUACCCGACCCCCCUGUUGGUUCCGCCCCCGAGCAGGAUGAUGUGAUUUCCUGCCCUGGAUGCUGUCUGAUUGGUAUGAGUUUCCCCUCCUUGUGCCCAGGAGGGGCGGGGCCUACCCCUCGUCGCGUUCCAUCCCGUAGAUUGUUCCGGAACCUUAACGGCGGUGAGGUCUCUGCUGCCUCGGCAACCAAGGGGCUGUUGUGUCGCGGGGUCAAGGGCCUGGCGCCUUCCACUGCGCCCUGCGAGCCUGGCCUGCCUCUGCCCGAGGCUCAGACUUAGAGAGGGCGCCCCCAGGAGGGCUGGCUGACCUAUGGCACCCAUGGACAACAGACACCGGGCUGAGGCUUCUGAUUGGCUGCAGGGAGAAGGGGAUGAAUACUACUACCUGAAGUCAGCGAUUAGCCGUGUGUGUGUGUGUGUGUGUGUGUGUGUGUGUGUGUGUGU